AUGAAGAUAAAGUGUUUUAUUUUUGCUUUCUUUCUUUGUGCACUAAUUUUCAUCACUGUUGUGGCAAUUGAACCAUCCAAAGAUGAUGAGAAACAAACUGGUGUAUUUGAAAAUUCCAAAAUAAAACUUGGGGUAAAUACAGAUAGACGCUUAAGAGAAGGUGGACAUGGUGGAAAGCGACGAAAAAGACAUCAUAAUGCUGAUUUACAAUUUUGGAUAAAUGGAGGUGGUUGGGGAGGUUCGUUAAAUAUUGGAGGAGUUCAAGAUGGAGCUGAAAACAUUGGGCUUGGAGGACAAGAAGAGAGAAGAAAUGAAGUAAGUUCCAUAGGAGAAGAAAACAAGGAUUUGGAGGAGAAGAAGAAGCUUCCAUAUAAAAACUAA